UUCUUCUCAAAAGUUUUUCUCUGGAUUGAUGCCAAAAUGCAGGAUGCCAUUGGCAAAUCGAUUUCCCCAUCGAAGGAACUCCAUCUCGGGCAACUUUAAUAAUCAAUUAAUCUGAUGUUCCGUAAUCUGCGUUGGAAAUUAAACGACAAGUUAAUUUCCUUCCCCCAGUGAAGGGCAGGUUCUUAAUUUUCCGGUGUGAAGUUGGCGUUCUCGAUGAGUCGAUCACCCACGUAAACCAUCUGAAACUAGAUGCAGACAGUACAAUUGCAGUUGCUGCACGCCAGUUCAACAAUGGCGGACUGUAACGAUACAAAUUCCCACGAAAUGACAGAAAAUAAUAUUCCAAAACGUUGUAACAAUCAAUGGGUGCGAUUGAAUGUUGGUGGUACAUAUUUCUUAACGGCAAAGACAACACUAGCAAGAGAUCCAAAUUCAUUUUUAUAUCGAUUAUGCCAGGAGGACUCGGAUCUCAUCUCUGACAGGGACGAAACUGGAGCGUAUCUCAUUGACAGAGAUCCUACCUAUUUCAGCCCAGUCCUCAAUUACCUUCGUCAUGGUAAACUAGUGAUAAAUAAAGACUUAGCUGAGGAAGGUGUCCUCGAGGAGGCUGAAUUUUACAAUAUCACAGAGCUCAUUAGACUUGUUAAUGAGCGAAUCUUACUCAGGGACACGAGACCAAUGAGAGAUUCGAAGAAACAUGUUUAUCGAGUACUGCAGUGUCAUGAGGAUGAAAUUACACAGAUGGUUUCCACCAUGUCGGAUGGAUGGAAGUUUGAACAGCUUAUCAAUAUUGGAUCUCAAUAUAAUUAUGGAAACGACGAUCACGCUGAAUUCCUGUGCGUCGUAAGUCGGGAGUAUGGAGCAAGUCACUUGGGUAACAAGGAGCAGGAGUCAACCGAUCGUGUUAAGGUUCUCCAGCAGAAGGGCUCCCGUAUGUAAUACGCUUAAUUAAUGAAGAUAUAAUUUAAUAACCACCCUACAAAUAUCACGAUCCGUGCAGCACCCACGACGAAGACUGUUUUAUAUUGUUUCUGUUUUUUUAAUUUAUCAAAAAAAUAUUUUAAUGAAAGGAACAAUGACAACCUCUCGAGGUAAGAUUAUUUACAUUCUGUAUAAGGAGAUUAAGUCACUCAUUAGUCAUUUUUUUCAUUAUGCGUGAUUUUUUCAUUAAUUUCAUUAUAACGCAUAAGGUAAACGUAAACUCGCACCUGCCUUCGACCAAUAUUGGUUCACACUAGAAAAUCAAUGCGAAAAUAUUGAGUUGACAUUGAUAAAGACAUGAGUGGUGGACUAUUCGAAGAAUAUAUAGGUUUUUAUUAGAUUUAAAUGAGCGAAGAAAUUAACCUUUUUUUUUUACUUGUCUGGCAACUAUUGAAAUUAAUUUUUAUUCAGUUUCCAUGGUAUUUAGAAGAAAUGUACAAAGUUUAAUGAUACUUUAAUUCCAAAAUCAUUAUCGUAACGGAGAGAACUAAAUUAACUUAUCCGCACUGCCGCUAAGAAAAAUUUAUGAAAAAAAAGACAAAAAUGAGAAUUAUUCUAAUUAUAGGAAGCGUAAUCAAACGCGUAGAAACAUGAAGAUUUUUUCAUACGAUGUUUCUAGAAACUUAAUCGUAUAAUUUUUAAUAUGAGAGAUACUUACGAUAAGUCAGAAUCAACCAUUUUAAUCUUCUGUAUACAAUAAUGAACACUCGCUGAAACGGAAAUCAUUAAUUAGAUGUUGUCCGUUAAAAAUUGACGGGAGAGUUAAAACCAAUCAAACUGAUAAAAUAAUCACGCUGUUGUUUGUAUCCAUUAUAUUUUUUUCCAAACAGAUUUUUCAUUUUCUUCGGAUUUUUUCAUAACUCAACACAAAAUAAAAUUUCGAUAUUCUAAUCCUGAAAGAAUCAAAAGAAAAGUGAUUAUUUCAGUAACAAACGUGAAAGAGACAGAAGGUAAAUGGCAGUCGAACUUUAAUUUUUUUUUUCAUGACGAAAUCUGAGAUUUCCAUGGCAAGUAAUAUUCGGAAAAAUUUCAGGAUUGAUUUAUGAAAUAUUCAUGGAAGUUACUGAAUAAUUAAAAAUAGAACUGUUACGACUUACCACUAUGUUAUGACUUUCGUUUCUCCUGAUUUAUAUUUUUUAAACUCUCCAAUGUCGCAUGAUACUUAUCAAUAGGACGUUCAUUAUCAUGACGAAAUCAUUGGAUAAAAAUUAGGUUGUCAAUUUUCAUAGGCCUAUAUGAAUGAACCCUUGGACGAUAGAAAUAAAUGGUUUAGGAGGAAAGAUAAAUUAUAGUACUAGUAAAUAAUCUACAAUAAUAGAGAAUAAAUUAAGUGCCAGAUUAUAAAUUAUCAUCAAAAUCCAUGAUGCAAGCCCAGUACAAAAAUCAUCCGUGGUUUCACAAUUCAUUUUUAUCAUCAUCUAUUAUCCUUUAAUUUAUUAAAAAUGCCAUGGACUGGUUGUCAUCAUUAACAAAUUUAGAAAUGAAGUGAUAACACGUACUGAACACUGAAUUAUCUCCAUAAUUCUAAAUCGAGAGAGAAAUAUAGAAAACUUUUAUGUUCAAAUUUUUUUUUACCACAGUCUUCAAAUAUUUUCUCCGGAAACUGGUGAUUUCAUGACGUUUUAUUCCUUCAGUUCAUAAUUUUUAUGGAUCACUGCAAUAAUCUGGCGUGUUCUCCACAUGGAAUAUAAUCCUCCGACCACUCACAUCUCUAAGUCGUUCAUUUUAGCUCAAAAAAAUAUGUGUAUGAAUAAUAUUAGUAAUUAACUGUCUAAGAUAAAAAAAAUCAAUAUAAACUAUUCACGUCGCAUUAAAAAUCGGUCAUCAUAAUUGAAGAUAAUUCAACGAGAAUAUGAAAGAAUUAGGUGCGUGUCAUUUUUCGAAAUUCGAGCGAAUUUGUACUUUCAUAGACAAAUUUGUAAAAUUUAUUAAUACGCAGAAAUAAUUUUUAAACUGUAACAAAAAAAAUGAACAUUACAAUCACUAGGUCGUGGUAUACGUUAUUUUUACACGAGUAUUGAGACAGAAAAUUUUAAUACAAAGAACGUAAUAAUAAGACGACGCUAAUUAGGAGAAACUCAAAUUAAACGUUAAGGUGUUCGAUUCUUAAUUUAUAUCAAAAUUCGAGAGAUAAUUAUCUCCACCUUGUUUCAAUCUGAGGGAUAAAUAUAUUAAAACUAUUACGAUCGUCUUUGUUGAUCUAUCAAUACAAAUGAAUAAGAAUAUGUACUCACUAUACUCACCCGUAAUUCAAGUGCACACAAAUGAUCAUAUUAAUUAUGGGAUGUUUUGAAGUUAUUUAUUAUUAUAUUCAGACUUCAGUAGCAAGACAACAGGGUGAGUUCAAUGGAGACCCUAAUGAAAUUUUUGAUGAGACCUUUCUAUCGGAAUUCUUACGAAAGCUAUUCAAGGAUUAUCCUGUGACAAUUUCUCAUAUGCUUAUAUUGCCUCAUCCUCUUACAUUUCUCUACUGAAUUAUCUCAAAUAUAAAAAAUAAUUCCUAUCGUUUUGUACUAAUGCUGGGGUUCAUCAGAGAGAAAGCAAAUAAGUGAAUUAAAAAAUUAAGAAUUCAAAUGAAGAAGACCAUGUACACAGGUUUGCAAGAGGAACAUUCUAUGGAAUGAAAUUACAUUUGAGCAGCUAUUCUCAGCAGAACAAUAAUAAAAGUAACGUGAACGAGUAAUGGAUGGCAAAUACAGAUAGUCAUCAAUUUUAUAAUUAGGAAACGUGUUGUGUACAAUAUGUUAUACUCUAACGAAAAGUAAGGGUGUAUAUGAAGAAAUUUUAAUUGUUUGUAUAAGUUGUGAUUUUAAAGAUUAAAUAAAGACUUUAUUGUACAA